AUGACUCUAGCCACUAAUUGUACUGCGUUUCAUGUUAGUGCUGAUGUUUUGAAAGGAGCAGCUAAUUCCAGUUACCUGCUCAAGAAAUGCGUUUCAUUCGGAUCUACUACUGCCAUCUACUUUUUCAAACACUCAGUUACUUCCUAUAAAGAAGGAACAACUACUUCCGUUGUCUCUGCAAUCCCCCGUCUUGAAGAGUCUGAAGGUUUUUUUGAAAUCGCCGAUGCCGCAGAUAUCUUAAAAUGUGAUCGUUCAUUCUAUGAUCCUGAGUCUUUGGACUCCAACGAGUGUUCUUCACCCAUUGGUAUCACAUCCACCAAUUGGUAUCACGUCCACCAAUUGUCUGUUGAAGUAUUGUGUCAGAAGCAUGCAGGAUCGUAUAUGACACAAUUAUGUAAUCUGUUGGUUGCAAACAAAUAG